UCCACCUUUGUCUCUCUCAAUAAUAAAAGAAAAAAAAAAGAGAAAGGGUUUAAGCUUUUCCAGUUUAGCUUGAAUCAACCAAAACUCCCAAAUCUUGGAAAUUGGGAGAAGAUGGCAGCACCAACGCUGGAGAUGGAGCCAGUUGAGCCACAGUCAUUGAAGAAGCUCAGCCUUAAAUCCCUAAAGCGCGCUCUCGAUCUCUUUAGCCCUAGCCAUGGCCAAUUCGCUGCUCCUGACCCCGAAAGCAAAAAAAUUCGCAUGAGCCACAAGAUAAAUGUUGAGUAUUGUGGGAUUAAAACCGCCUCGGGUCAGACUUCAAGGCAAGCUAAUUCCGGUGCAGCUGAAACCGGGAAUCAAGGUUCUGUGCCAUCGAAUGCCCUUGCUCUUACAGGUCCAGCUGAUUCUAGGGAUUCACAGAAGGGAGGAGCUCAAAAUGCUUUAGUUGUUGGUCCAUCCUUGCAACCAAAGGGACAAAAUGAUGUUGGUACUUCAGGCAAGAGCAGUGCCAUUACUUCUGCUUCUGCACCCUUUUCUGAAAGGCUGACAACCUCUGCUAUAAUAGAAAGGAUCCCAAGCAAAUGGCCACGUCCCGUGUGGCAUCGUCCAUGGAAGAACUACAGGGUCAUCAGUGGACAUUUGGGAUGGGUGAGAUCAGUAGCCUUUGAUCCUAGUAACAACUGGUUUUGUACUGGUUCUGCUGACCGUACGAUCAAGAUAUGGGAUGUAGCAAGUGGAAGGCUAAAGCUCACACUGACUGGACACAUUGAACAGAUACGAGGCCUUGCUGUCAGUAGCAAACACACAUAUAUGUUUUCCGCUGGUGAUGAUAAGCAAGUUAAAUGCUGGGACCUUGAACAGAAUAAGGUUAUCCGGUCCUAUCAUGGUCACCUAAGUGGUGUUUAUUGCUUGGCUCUUCAUCCUACAAUUGACAUUUUGCUAACUGGGGGACGUGAUUCUGUCUGUCGGGUAUGGGAUAUUCGCACCAAGAUGCAAAUUUUUGCACUGUCUGGGCAUGAUAAUACUGUUUGCUCAGUUUUUACUCGACCAACGGAUCCGCAAAUUGUUACUGGUUCUCAUGAUACAACCAUAAAAUUCUGGGACCUUAGAUACGGAAAAACGAUGUCAACUCUAACACACCAUAAGAAGUCCGUGCGAGCAAUGGCACCACAUCCUAAAGAGCAUUCUUUUGCAUCUGCGUCAGCUGACAACAUUAAGAAAUUCAGUCUUCCAAAGGGAGAAUUCUUACACAAUAUGCUCUCUCAGCAGAAGACUAUAAUUAACACCAUGGCCGUCAAUGAGGAUGGUGUAAUGGCUACCGGAGGUGACAACGGGAGUUUGUGGUUUUGGGAUUGGAGGAGUGGUCACAAUUUCCAGCAAGCUCAGACGAUCGUACAGCCUGGCUCGUUGGAUAGUGAAGCCGGCAUCUACGCUCUCGCGUAUGAUGUAACCGGUACAAGAUUGAUUUCCUGUGAAGCAGACAAGACCAUUAAAAUGUGGAAAGAAGAUGAAACCGCAACCGAACAAACUCAUCCUCUUAACUUCAAACCACCCAAGGAUAUCCGCCGGUUCUAACUGUGCACCUCGGUUUGUCCUGUUUUGGUGACUCGAUCUUCAGCUUUAGUACAAUGUAUUUUGAGAUAAUGUAAGAUUAGAACUAGUUUUUGGUUAAUUAUGAUAAAUCUUUGCUUCAGAGAUAAAACAAUUUUUGUUGAUUCCUAGAUAAAGCACCUGAUAAAUGAUACAUUUCAGUGACCCUGUUUUGAUGUUCGUGCUAAGAUUAUUAUUAUAUUCUAAAGCCAUUGCUGGCGGUCCAAGAAUGUUAAAGUUUCA